AUGAACCUUGAAAUGAAUCGAAAUCCUGAAGUAAGACUACUCAAGCGUGGAGCAACCGGCGAGUUCACGCAUCAACAAUGGGAGACGUUUUGGUAUACCGAUCGUGUUCGCCGUCAAUUCAAAAUUCUCAUUUACAAAAUUCGGGAGAAGAAAGCCAAAAGAUUGUACGGGAAUGGAAUGGACUUUGAGAAGGAUUCGGUCCUUGUCGACGCUCUUGGAUGCUACGCCGCUGCUAUGAAAUUGUCUCCUGGCGUUUGGAAGCGUUUUCCGAGAGCCGACGAGAUCAAAUACGUAACCACUGCUGGCCGGACCGACUCUGCGAAAAUUGACGAGUUCGAGAGUGAUACGAAUAAGAAGCUGGUGCAAUUCAGUGACAAACCGAAUCUAAUCGAGCCUUACAGACCAGCAGAGUUGACUCAAAAAAUUUUGGAGCAUGCGAUGUCGGAUCUCAACUUUAAAGAUUAUAAGAGUAUUACAUUAACAUGCAAGCAGUUUUACAUUGCUUCAAGCCAACUUGACAUGUGGAAAACCCUAUACAGCAAGUUUUCCGUAUAUGAGUUCCCGCCGGCAUUGAUCAAACAAUAUCACAUGAAAAGCGUGUUCCUUUAUUGCUUGUGGGCCAUGAAGCACACCGAGACACCAUAUGACAGAGCUGAGAAGCGCUUCGAGGCUGAAUGGAGGAACCGAAAAUAUGUCACUAUAGUGAAAAUUUGCUCGGACGGAAGCAUUGUGAGCGCCAGCGAUGAGUUCCAUCCGAAUCGUUAUCGUCGCUAUUGCUCGAGGACCGUUGACUGCUUGGUGGUCCAUGGCUACGUGGAGCUUCUUGGAAACGUUUGGAUGAGCGUUGUCGAGCAUUACAUCGAUCGCCCGUCCGAUUCCGACGAUUAUUAA